GGAACUCCCUCGCGAAACGCUGAUCGCCGAAUGCGCCACGGCGAAAUUCCGCUGACAAAAGCCGCGGCGAAAAACGCGUCGGAUCGGACGCGUGAAGGAGCCCCAGUUUCCAGUCCUGCGUGUGAAUCUGAUCGGCCGCUGCGGCGAGCCGCGACGCGCCGUAGCCAGUGUCAUCGUGAAAUAAGCUGCGGAGAAUCGUGGUCACGUGUGCGGACGUUGACGUCGGAGCGGCAGCGAGGGAUGCAAUUUCCCGUGUUCGCGAGUGAUAGCCGCGGCAGCACGGCUGCCGCGACCACAUAGUCUCGCGUGCACGCACGCGGACAGAACAGUAUAUCGUCAGUGCAUCGUCAUCCUCGUCGUCCUCGUCCUCGUCGCUCCGUGCGUGCGAGCCAACUACCGAGAAUGCCGGUGUGAAGUAAAGAAGAAACCAAGCGCUGCGAAAAAGAAAAAACGCUCCGCAAUUCUUGCAUGUCGUAAAUUUUACCCAUCACCCCGAGGAUACACGCAGAAACAAGGCAAAAUGGCACAAAUGGAGCAGCAAUUACCGCUUCCAAUGCCAGAUUUAAGUACCCUUCGUAUAACCACAGCCGUCUCCAUGCUCGGCAAAGCAUAUGGAUGUGGCCAAUGUAAUGCCCCCCCACCUGGACCCUCAACUAGUGGCGGUUCUGUUGGGACAGCAGGAGUAGCGGCGAGUAGUGUCGCAACUCCUAGCAAUAUGGGGCUUGUUCCCGCACAACAGGCACACACUCCUCCUCAACCUACAGAACUGCCAAUGUUUACGUGCCCUCGAAGACCAAACAUAGGACGAGAAGGUAGACCGAUCGGUUUGAGAGCUAAUCAUUUUCAAAUUAGUAUGCCACGUGGCUAUGUACAUCACUAUGACAUUAGCAUACAACCUGAUAAAUGUCCUCGGAAAGUUAAUAGAGAAAUUGUAGAAACGAUGGUUCAUGCAUAUACUAAAAUAUUUCAAUCUCGUAAGCCUGUGUUUGACGGCAGAAAUAACUUGUACACAAGGGACCCCUUGCCUAUCGGGCAUGAUAAAGUAGAAUUAGAGGUCACACUGCCUGGUGAGGGAAAAGACAGAGUUUUCCGAGUGGUAAUAAAAUGGCUGGCGCAGGUUUCGCUGUUUGCUUUAGAAGAGGCUUUAGAAGGGCGAACUAGACAAAUUCCAUAUGACGCUGUUCUCGCUUUAGAUGUUGUAAUGAGGCAUUUACCAUCUAUGACAUACACUCCAGUAGGUAGAUCGUUCUUUAGUACGCCAGAGGGGUAUUACCAUCCAUUAGGCGGAGGCAGGGAAGUGUGGUUUGGAUUCCAUCAAUCGGUGAGACCGUCGCAAUGGAAAAUGAUGUUGAAUAUCGACGUCUCUGCCACUGCCUUCUACAAAGCGCAGCCAGUUAUAGAAUUUAUGUGCGAAGUGUUGGAUAUCCGAGAUAUCAAUGAACAGAGAAAGCCGCUCACGGAUUCUCAGAGAGUGAAAUUUACCAAAGAAAUCAAGGGUCUCAAGAUUGAAAUAACUCACUGCGGAGCUAUGAAGCGAAAGUAUAGAGUGUGCAAUGUUACACGCAAACCAGCUCAAAUGCAAUCAUUUCCAUUGCAACUGGAAAAUGGACAAACAGUUGAGUGUACAGUUGCCAAAUACUUCUUAGAUAAGUACAAAAUGAAGCUGCGCCAUCCACAUCUUCCUUGCUUGCAAGUCGGCCAAGAACACAAACACACGUACUUGCCGCUCGAGGUUUGCAAUAUUGUUGCCGGACAACGCUGCAUUAAAAAGUUAACCGAUAUGCAGACCUCGACUAUGAUCAAAGCGACAGCACGUUCCGCGCCAGAUCGUGAACGGGAAAUUAACAAUCUAGUUAGAAGGGCUGACUUUAACAAUGAUUCUUAUGUACAAGAAUUUGGAUUGACUAUAUCGAAUAGUAUGAUGGAAGUCAGAGGUCGUGUACUACCUCCGCCCAAACUGCAGUAUGGAGGGCGCGUAAGUUCCCUCAGUGGACAGACGAAGCAGCAGGCGAUGCCUAAUCAAGGCGUGUGGGAUAUGCGUGGCAAGCAGUUCUUCACUGGAGUGGAGAUACGAGUGUGGGCGAUCGCUUGUUUCGCGCCUCAGAGAACAGUACGCGAAGAUGCGUUACGUUCAUUCACCACGCAACUACAGAAAAUUAGUAACGAUGCUGGCAUGCCCAUCAUUGGACAACCAUGUUUUUGUAAAUAUGCCACUGGACCAGAUCAAGUCGAACCCAUGUUUCGAUACUUGAAGUCGACUUUCUCGCAGUUGCAGCUAGUUUGUGUUGUAUUACCAGGCAAAACUCCUGUAUAUGCUGAAGUGAAAAGAGUAGGAGACACAUUAUUGGGCAUGGCAACUCAGUGUGUACAAGCGAAAAAUGUCAAUAAGACAUCGCCGCAAACAUUAUCCAAUCUCUGUCUUAAAAUAAAUGUCAAAUUAGGAGGCAUCAAUAGCAUUCUAGUACCUAGCAUAAGACCAAAAGUGUUUAAUGAGCCGGUCAUAUUUCUUGGAGCUGACGUGACCCAUCCGCCGGCGGGAGACAACAAGAAACCCAGUAUAGCUGCUGUAGUUGGCAGCAUGGAUGCCCAUCCAUCUCGGUAUGCAGCGACUGUUAGGGUUCAGCAGCAUAGACAAGAGAUUAUCCAGGAACUCAGUUCGAUGGUUAGGGAAUUGCUUAUAAUGUUUUACAAGAGUACAGGCGGAUAUAAGCCGCAUAGAAUAAUUCUGUACCGCGACGGCGUCUCUGAAGGCCAAUUCCUCACCGUUCUGCAGCACGAAUUGACUGCCAUUCGUGAGGCGUGUCUCAAGCUCGAGAUCGAUUACAGACCCGGCAUAACGUUUAUCGUGGUGCAGAAGAGACACCACACGCGUCUGUUCUGCGCGGACAAAAAGGAGCAAAGCGGUAAAAGCGGAAAUAUUCCGGCGGGUACGACAGUCGACGUAUGCAUAACUCAUCCGACGGAAUUCGACUUUUAUCUCUGCAGUCACCAGGGUAUUCAGGGUACAUCGAGACCGUCGCAUUAUCAUGUUCUCUGGGACGAUAAUCACUUCGAAAGUGACGAGUUGCAGUGUCUUACGUACCAAUUAUGUCACACUUAUGUCCGAUGCACGAGAUCCGUUAGUAUACCAGCGCCGGCGUACUACGCUCAUCUCGUAGCAUUCCGGGCUAGAUAUCACCUGGUUGAGAAAGAGCACGAUAGCGGGGAAGGAUCUCAUCAGUCAGGUUGCAGUGAGGAUAGGACACCGGGUGCGAUGGCGCGGGCAAUCACGGUUCACGCCGACACGAAGCGAGUUAUGUACUUCGCAUAAUUCUUUUCUCGUGUGAAGUUGAAGCGUCAUUCGGAUCGGUGUUGUUAUCUCUAUGAAGAAAUGACUGUAUAUAAUUGCAACUCCGUGACACAGAUGUGAGAAGCUUCAUCAGGCAGCCGGGACCGCAGCACGUUGCGUCACAAAUUCUUUAACAGUUAGGACAAUUUAACUGAUCAAUUUUCUUGCGUACCUUCUUCCUUUUUUUUUCCUUCUUUUUUCCUUUUCUUCACCUCCCCCCCCCUUUUUUUAUCGUAAAUCUAUACGAUACUUUUCUGUAUGCAUGGCACUGUAUGUUUUAUUUACAUCUGUACAGAAGAAGCGAAUUUUCGAUUGAUUUUUUUUGAACUUGUAGAGUAAGUUUUUACGAGAGGUGCUUUUUAAUGCAGUUUAUAAAUCAGAUUAAGAAUGUUUUGCACGUUUGGGUGAGAAAGUUAUCUGCGGUCGAAGUAGUUGGAAAAUAAGCUAAACGAGUUCUUUCUUUGUAAAAAAAAAAAAUUAUGCUUGGUAAGAUUAAGAAGAGAAUUUCGACUUCUCUUAAAUUAACUAACAAACUAAACACAAGUUUCUGUUGUAUUACUAGAAUACAAUAGCACUUUUUGACUUAAUGGUUACUCGACGAAAUUUGUGUAGCAUAUUACGCUUAUUUUUUUAGGGAACGAAUUUUCCCUAGCAUUUGUAUGGAAAGAAAACUAUGGGACAAAGAAAUGAAAUGACCUGGAAAAACAUGAAUUAUAUAAAUCGCUAUUUGCGAGACUGUUAUCUUGUUGCAUGUAUGUAUAGCUUUCAUUUCGCGAGGAGUGAAACUCCAUUCUGUAAAUUCUGUAAAUUUUAGGCUCUAAUUGUGCUGAAGUGAUUGGCAGAAAAAAGUAAAUAUCGAUUGAUAGUAAUGAUUGUAAUAUCUUUAGAAUUGCGAAUCAUGUCACGUCAUAUCCGUUGAAUUACGCCAAAAGAAUAAUGUCGAGAAAUAACGCUAUCUUUUAUAUAACGCACUUUUAACCAGUUCGAAAAUUUCAUGAGAUCAUUUUGAAGUAAUCCUGAAGUAUUCUUGAAAACCGCUGAAACAACACCAACCUCGUGUGUACACUUCGGCUGAGCAAAGCGUAGUAGAUAAGAACCGUACAUAAUCUUCGUACAUAAAGACAGCUAUGUGUAGUAGAAGUAAUCGAGGAGUGUUAUGUAGGGCACGCGCGUUAUUUAUAUAAUGACUUCCAACAUGAUUUAAAAAUGGCUAGUGUCCAUUUGAGAGAAAUCCUGUAAAAAACAUGGCUUUCGACAGUCAUAUUUUGACUAACCAAUAUGAUGACGUAUCCAUAGAAAAGUCCUGGUGUUACUUUCUUAUUCUUAUAUUAUUACUCUCUUUAAUUCUGAAAAACUCCCAGAUAGACACUAAGCUUUAGGAUCCAAAUUUAGCGUAGGUAAUUAAAUUAACUAUCGUUAUUUUACUGUUGCUAAUCGUUAGGAUGUACAUUUUAUUCGUCUCACUUUAAUUUGUCAUUAGACCGUUAUCGUCUGCAUGUUGCACAGCUCAUAAUCUAUGCUUACGUCAACUAUUAAUAAUGAGCAUUAAUAAUGAGCACAUUGCUGAACUAGGGAUACAACCUUGCCGAAGUAACUUUAUCUGUGUUAAAUGCCCCUUAAACCGUGGUGACCCUGGUGGUCGGAAGUCUAUUAAGAGAAAAAAAUAAAAAAAGAUCUGUUUUAAAUAUGUCACACGAGAAUGCCGGGGAUGAAAGUAAACGGAUAUCCGUGUCUGGUGUCCGAGAUAAGCCGGGAUAUUAUCUUACUCACAAUCAGAUCAAAGAUGGCUAUGAAAUAAGAAUAUCGAAUUCACGUGGCGUUAAAUACGGGCAGAGGACACAAGGCCUCGUCAGAGUAUGCAAAGAACUAUAUGAGGUAAAUCGAACGUUCGCAUUGAUAUAAUGCGGAAUUAUCCGAACGUCAAAGCUUCAUCAAUUAUGCUUUAACAGUGAAGUAAAGAUUAGUUGUAAGAUUAGUUGUAGGAGUAUUAUAAGAGUAAGAUUUUUUUAUUAGUUUUUAAUGAAGUAAUUGUUUUUGCUUGAUAAUGCCAAACUUUAGAAGUUUUGUAUUUUUACUCUAAUAAUCGCGACUCUUGUGCAAAUCUAUGUCGUCUGUUGGCACAAUAAUUCUAGUAAUGCUAAGCAAGCCUUCGAAGCAACAUAUAUAAUCCAGUCUAUGGAUAGGAUCGUAUAUUAAUAGAAUCCUUGUUCUAUUAAUAUACGAAUAGAAAUCGUAUAUACUAACAAUUAUGUAUCAAUUGUCACGUUAAAUUAUUGGGUAUUAUUAGAAUCAUUAAUAUAUCAAGAUCUCUUUUUUUUCCUACAAUUAUGCAAGCGUUAUUCUCGUAAGAAUCGAAUUCCUGUGUUCCAAUCAAGUCACGAUCCACAUUUGUAAAUCAGUAUUAAUAAUAACGAUGUUUACUCUGAGAGAGAGAAA